CAGUGACGCAGAGCCCACCGAGCGCCGCGGGAUCGCGCUGCACAGCCUCCGGCGUCGGGCGGGCGGCGGCGAAGUCUGCAGGGCGGCGGGUUUGUGUGAGCCUUCCGCACUUCCCUGCAGGGAGACCAUGUCGAGACCCCGGAAGAGGCUGUCUGAGACUUCAGGCCCAGGCAAGGGGCUAUCAGGAAAACGCACCAAAACUGGGGACUCAGGUGAGGCCUUAGAUAAAGGGGAGGAGUCCGACCCUCAGAAGACCUCAGCCACCAAACACUGUGUGAAGAAGCCAAGCAGCUGCUGGCUGAUGAAGUCAGAGCCAGAGAGCCGGCUCGAGAAAGGUGUAGAUGUGAAGUUCAGCAUUGAGGAUCUCAAAGCCCAGCCCAAGCAGACAACAUGCUGGGAUGGUGUUCGUAACUACCAGGCUCGAAACUUCCUUAGAGCCAUGAAGCUGGGAGAAGAAGCCUUCUUCUACCAUAGCAACUGCAAAGAGCCAGGCAUUGCAGGACUUAUGAAGAUUGUGAAAGAGGCUUACCCAGACCACACACAGUUUGAAAAAAACGAUCCCCAUUAUGACCCAUCCAGCAAAGAGGACAAUCCUAAGUGGUCCAUGGUGGAUGUGCAGUUUGUUCGGAUGAUGAAGCGUUUCAUUCCCCUGGCUGAGCUCAAAUCCUAUCAUCAAGCUCACAAAGCUUCUGGUGGCCCCUUAAAAAAUAUGGUUCUCUUCACUCGCCAGAGAUUAUCAAUUCAGCCCCUGACUCAAGGUAAGAGUGGGCCCUCUCCUUUAUUAUCCAUAUACCAGGAUGACCUCCUGAAUUCCCAUUUACUAGCUGAUUAAACUUGGGCAUGGCAUUUCACCUUUCUCAGUCAGCAUCCUCACCUGCAGCAUCCAUGAGGGAGGGAAUGUGACCUGAGUCACAGGGCUUUGCACCUGGUAAAUAGUUUUGAAUGACUGCUCGCCUUAGUACCAUGUAAAAGUGCCUGGCAUAACUUCCCUGUUCAGGAAGAGACAUAAAGACCCAAUUCUUCCCCUUUUCCCUUG